UGUUUUGCUGGCUCGAGCUCGUCAGAUAACAACACAGCAGCAGGAGGAAGCAGCGGCGUCGACCGAGCGCUAAACGAGUGUCCUUCACUUCCUAUUUUUACCGACGAGCUACCAGCGCAGUCCCCGCGGACGGUGUAACGAGUCGUUUGGAGCUUUUGUAGUGACAGUUCCGCUCCCGUCCACCGCCAACUGGUCGACUUUGACUCAACAUGCCUUCAGAAAAAACCUUCAAACAAAGAAGGACCUUCGAGCAGAGAGUAGAAGAUGUCCGACUGAUCCGAGAGCAGCACCCCAACAAGAUACCGGUGAUCAUUGAGAGGUACAAAGGAGAAAAGCAGCUUCCCAUCCUGGACAAAACCAAGUUCCUGGUGCCCGACCACGUCAACAUGAGUGAACUCAUCAAGAUCAUCAGGAGGCGCCUCCAGCUGAACUCCAACCAGGCUUUCUUCCUGCUGGCCAACGGCCACAGCAUGGUGUCGGUGUCUGCCCCCAUCUCUGAGGUCUAUGAACGGGAGCGCGACCAAGAUGGCUUCCUCUACAUGGUGUACGCCUCCCAGGAGACCUUUGGCUCCGCCCCGGCCGCCCAGUGAACAGCCUCCCUUCUUCUUCCACCUGGCAGGCCAUAGAACAAUUGUAGUUUUUAGCCCCCUCCAUGUCGCUCGCCACACACCUUUUAGUCUCGACUGUAAGAACUAAAACACAUCCGGCUUAAUCUAAACACGGCGUUCGGUAACUCACAGCUGGCGUUGGUUCAGGUUGUGAUCUGUUAGGAGCGCCGUGCACCGCCACACUCCCCGAAUCGCAGAAAGGGAACAGGUUCCAGGAGAGAAAUCCCCAAAUCGGACUCGGGCCAAUGGAGUCUUUUAGCACGUGCGUGUCUGCUUCUUUGCUGUCCUCUCCGGCGGAUCAUGCCCGGCUGUCAUGGCAACACACCGCCAGUCGACGGCAGUUAUUUUCAGUGUUGUGGUUCCGUGUCUCCUCGGCUGUAUUUACGUUAAUGUUUAUAUAUAUAUAUAUACAUUUCAGGUAGUAAUAUUGCAUUAAAGUGGCGAGUCUCCACCACUUGACGAUAUAUACAUUAGCCAAUGAACAAAGCCAACCUUAAUCUUAAGGGUUUCUUUGGAGAGCGGUGAGGGUUUCUGGGUUCGCGUGUUUUUAGGGGAGCAUUUUUAUUGCAGUGAGAAGGUGACGCUUUGAGACUUGUAAUUCGGAUGCGAGUACUUUUGCCAGAGAUACAUGCUAAACAAAGUAGAGAAGAUCCCUGUUAAUCAAUGUGUCUCCUCCCAUUCUCUCAAUGGUCCUUCUUUGGUGUUUUUAUCCCUCCCCCGCCUUGUAUCCUGAAGCAUCUUCCCUGUAACAAAACUAUGUUUGGGGGGGUGGGGGGGGAAUUGCUUUUGCUUUUGCUCUGGAAACGGAUGAUUGUAGUUUGCAAAAAAGAAAAAAAAAGAAAUGCCUUGGUGUACAGAUAUUAUUGACUUUACAGCUUUGAAUAUAAAGGGCGUUCCAACGACAGUGUAACCAAGUUGACUGUGGGACACACGACAGGAGCAGGGUCUGAUUUCAUGUGUGAAAGGAGGAUGAUGAUGAUGAUGAUGAUAAAGAGGAUAAAGAGGUGUUUCUGUAAAUGCUAAUAGUUGGAGUUUAAUUUUUUUUUUUU